AUGGCGGACGAUGACCCAAUGACGCAGCAGGAAUAAUUAAAAGACGACGGGACUGAACCGUAUGGAAAAUUUCGAAUUGCAAAGCAAACAUUGUGUUCAAUCGCUUACAUGUGCCAAGAGAGAGUAUUUGCUGAGGAAGUAGACAAACUAGAAGAAAUUGGAGAGAGGCUGAUAGAGGAAGGACUCUGUACGGAUUUCAAGUCAGGUUUGACGAUGAAUGACUAAUCGGAGAGAGAGAGAGCAUUUGGACACAAUAGGAAACCCAGAAUAGAGCCUAAAGGGUAUUGUGAGUUGUGGCUGGGAGCUUUGAACGAUUUUACAAUGAAAGUUUUAUGCAUAGCAGCCGUCGUCAGUAUUAUAGUUGAUGUUUCAACUGCUGAUGAUAGUUACAGGAAAUUGGCUUGGAUUGAAGGAUUUGCAAUAUUGGUAGCAGUGAUUAUAUCUACAAAUGCAAAUGCCGUGAAUGAUUAUCAAAAAGAACGACAAUUUUAAAAAUUGAAUGAAGUAGCCGAUGAGAGAAAGAGAGUGACAGUAGUUAGGAAUGGAAAGAAAUGUGAUAUUCAUAUGAGUGAAGUGUUGGUUGGAGAUGUUGUACAAAUAUUCGAAGGAAUGGAAAUUCCUGCAGAUGGUUUUGUACUGGAAGCAUCAGAUUUGACAGCUGAUGAGAGUGCUAUGACAGGAGAAACUGAUCCAAUCAAAAAAAAUGUGUUGAGUGAAUGUGUUAACAAGAGGAACUAAUUAAAAGAAGAAGGAGGACAAAACACAGCAGGUCAUCAUGAUGUUCCAUCUCCAAUAAUGAUGAGUGGAACAAGAGUACUAAGUGGUGAAGGCAGGAUGCUUAUUCUUGUUGUAGGAGACUCAUCUUGUGCUGGUAAGAUUGCAGCAUUAUUGAGAUAAGAUGAACCAGAAGCUACUCCUUUGUAAAUGAAGUUAACUGCAAUAGCUGAAGACAUUGGUAAAUUUGGAUUGAUAUCAGCAAUUUUGAUUGUUUGUGUGAUGUGUUUGAGAUUUGGUAUUGAGAGAGGAAUGAAUGAUGAUUGGGAGAAUUAUAUGGUUGUUACUAUCAUUGGAUAUUUUAUCAUUGGAAUCACAGUGGUCGUCGUUGCUAUCCCUGAAGGAUUGCCAUUGGCUGUUACUCUAUCAUUGGCUUAUUCAACCAAAUAGAUGCUUCAAGAUUAGAAUCUAGUCAGAAAGAUGGCAGCAUGUGAAACUAUGGGAGGAGCCUCUAUGAUUUGUUCAGACAAAACAGGAACAUUGACUCAAAAUAAAAUGUCACUUGUUAAUGUGUGGAAUGAUGAUAUUAUUGAAAUAGAUACCUAUUCUGAAAAACAAUAAUUGACAUCUUAUUUCCCAUAAAACUUUUCAGAGUUCUUUAUUCAAUGUGCAGUUGUCAAUGGAUCAGCAAUGCUUAGACCUGAACCUAAAGGAUCUAAGACAGAAAUUGCAUUACUAGAAUUUAUUGAAAGAUGCUCAAUGAAUUACGAAGAACAAAGAGAGAAAUAUCCUGCUAGUACUAAAUUCCCCUUCAGCAGUUAAAGAAAAAGAAUGUCUAUGGUAUUAGAAUUAGAUGGAGGCAGACGUAGAUUGGUCUGCAAAGGAGCAUCAGAAAUGGUAUUGGCUGCAUGCUCAUAAUAUCAUUCUAAGGGAAAUGGAUCUAUUGUUCCUAUGAAUCAAGAUUUGAAAUAGAAAGUAGAAAAAGCAAUUGAAACUAUGGCUGGCAGAGCAUUGAGAACUAUUUGUUUAGCAUACAGGGAAAUUAGUGCAAGGGAAGAUUUAACAACUAAGGAUCCAAAAGGUGUAUAUGCUGUUGAAUAAAGUGACUUAACCUUGGUUGCAGUCUUGGGAAUCAAAGAUAUUCUUAGAUAAGAAGUGCCAAGAGCUAUUUAAUUAUGCAGAAGAGCAGGAAUUAAAGUUAGAAUGGUUACUGGAGAUAAUAAAAUGACUGCUAGAGCUAUUGCUAAAGAAUGUGGUAUCAUUACACCAGGAGAUGAUUAAUCUAUUGUAAUGGAAGGACCUGACUUUAUAGCAAAGAUUGGAGGUGUUGUCUGCACCAAAUGUAGAACAGCUAUCUGCCCUUGUGCAAGAGAUAGUACUACAGCAAAGAAGGAAAAUAAGGAUGUUAGAGUUGAUACAAUUGCAAAUCCUUAAGAGUUCGAUAAAAUCUAUCCUCAUUUAGAUGUAUUGGCUCGUAGUAGACCUGAAGAUAAGUAUGCUUUAGUGACAGGCUUGAUUGAAAGAGGUCAUGUAGUUGCUGUCACAGGUGAUGGUACAAAUGAUGCUCCAGCUUUGAAAAAGGCAGAUGUUGGAUUUGCUAUGGGUAUUGCAGGAACUGAAGUUGCUAGAGAGGCUGCUGCUAUUAUUCUAUUGGAUGAUAACUUUAAUUCCAUUGUUAAGGCUGUUAUGUGGGGUAGAAAUGUCUAUGAUAACAUCAAAAAGUUUUUGAGAUUCUAAUUGACUGCUAACUUAGUUAGUGUGGGAUUGACAUUAAUCGGAGCUGCUGUUUUGAGUCAGGAAGUGUUGAAACCUAUUUAAUUGUUGUGGGUUAACUUGAUUAUGGACACUCUAGGUUCUCUUGCCUUAGCCACAGAGCCACCUACUGAAAAAUUACUGUAUCGUAAACCACACGAUAGAAAUGAGUACAUCAUCUCUAAAAAGAUGUUUAAAUUCAUUAUCGGAACUGCUUUGAUAUAAUUAGCCGUUGUUUUAUUUAUAGUGUUUGCUGGUGAUUCCUUUUUGCCUGAAUAUGCUGAUGACUAUGAUAACACUGCAUUUAGAGGAAUAAAGAAACGAUACAAAUAUAGUGAUCAUUUAUGCAAGACUACUUAUGAAGAUCUCAAGAAAUACUCAGAAGAAAGUGGUAGACAGAUGGUUUUGAUUCCAGAUGCCACUUAAUCAAAAGAAGUUAAAUAGGGUGGUACUUGUUUAUCAUCGGAAUGUGUAUGCCAUGAAAAUAAAUGUUAUGAAAUCAUGUGUGAGGAAUGUGAUUUUGAGACUAGUUGCACUAUUGUAGCCAGUGGUAGAUUGAAUACUCCUGAAGGAAAGAGAGACUAUGCUGUAUUCUAUGAAGACACUCAUGAACCUUCUCGUCAUUUUACUUAUGUCUUUAAUGUUUUCAUCAUGCUUCAAUUAUUCAAUUUUCUCAAUAGCAGAAGAUUCAAUGAUGAAAUCAACGUUUUUGAAGGAAUAGCAAAACAUGAGGCUUUCUUAACAAUCGUACCUGUUAUUUUCUGCAUCUAAAUCCUCAUGGUUACAUUUGGUUCCAAAGCUAUCGGACUUUAUGGUAAUUUUGGACUCAAAAUAUAACAAUGGUUGAUUGGUAUUGGAUUCGGAUGUAUAUCAAUUAUAGGAUGUUUCUUCCUCAAGUUCAUAAAGGAAGACAUGUGUUGUGAAUGUGGAAGUAAAGAAAUCAACCCAAUGGAAACUGAACAUAAGGUUAUCGCAUUAAAGGGAGAUCAUUCCUCAGGUGGCUUAGCAAGACGUUAUUCAUCUCUUAGACACGAUUAGAAUCCUUUUGGUGCUCCUCAUCAAUAACAUUAGCAUUGA